AAGAUCCCAAACUUCCCCAGCUGUCAAAUUUUUGUUCCCAAUCUUUUUUUUUUCGGUCGUUAGCUUUUUGGGGGGAGAAAAGUUCGCUCUUUGCUUUACAUGGGUCACGAUAACGGCAAUCGAAAUUACCUGAUUUUUGUUUCUUAUCGCCGGGUCUAAUUACCCUUCAUUCCCCAUCCUAAUCUUUUCGCCUUCCCAACGCCCGGAGAUGCAGGCACUCCACAAAAACAUCGACAAUGGUCCAGCUCCAAAGACCUUUGCAAAAUCUUCCGCUUCCGAUGAUCCAGUUACACCGCAUGUCCACAAGGCCACCAGUCCGUCGACGCAUUUCAUCGCUGGCGCCACCGGUGGCAUGGUCACGGCUCUCUUGACAUCGCCCCUAGAUGUGCUUCGAACUCGGUUACAAUCGGAUUUCUAUCGCUCGCAGACCAAAUCCGCCGUCGCUCCCCCGCCUCAAGCCCGCGUGUCUCUACCACGAUCCUUUCUUCUCCAUUUCCGUGAAACAUUUGACAUUCUCUUUACGAUACACCGCGUCGAGGGCUGGCGCAGUCUCUUCCGGGGACUGGGACCCAGUCUGACGGGUGUGGUUCCGGCCACCGCCAUCAAGUUCUGGGCGUACGGCAACUGCAAACGGCUCUAUCCGGGCCUCCUUGGGUACGAUGCCGACUCUACGUCGGUACACGCUCUUUCGGCUGCGACCGCCGGUGUAGUGACCGGUACCGCGACGAACCCUAUCUGGCUCGUCAAGACACGGCUUCAACUCGAUAAGUCACACCUGGAGAGCGGCGGACAACCACGGUACAAGAGCAGCUAUGACUGCGUGAAGCAGGUCGUCAAGCAGGAAGGACUGAGAGGGUUAUAUCGGGGUCUUGCGGCCAGCUACCUGGGAGUCAUCGAGACUACUCUUCAUCUUGCCUCCUACGAACGAAUGAAGGUCAUGCUCGCGAAUCAGAACAAGCUGCAGGGCGAGAAGAAGAACAACGAGCUAGCCCAGGGUUUGAUUCUCAGCGGAGCCGCUGGUCUUUCCAAGCUGAUCGCCGUCUUGAUCGCUUACCCCCACGAGGUCCUCCGGACUCGACUACGACAAGCCCCCAUGGCCAAUGGCCGCCCGAAAUACACCGGAGUGAUGCAGUGCCUCCGGCUGAUGGUUAAAGAAGAAGGAGUUGUCGCCCUGUACGGCGGGUUGACGGCGCAUCUAAUCCGCACCGUCCCUUCGGCGGCGCUCACGCUGGGAACAUAUGAGCUGGUACUCAAGCUGCUGAAUUAGCUGCUCCAUGUCGCAACGGACUGGCCAGGCACCCGCAGGUCGACUGUAUUAUUAUUAAAUGUAAAUGUAUUUAUGUAUCAUAGACUACUAAUUAACGGGAAUAGACACAUCACC